AUGCGUCGUUCACAAAAUGUUCGAUGUGAGCGUCUUUUAAGUCGAACAUUUAGUUAUGAAUCUAAUCGUUUAAUAAAAGGAUCAAAAUAUACAAUAAGAAUAUUAGCAGAAAAUAAAUUAGGUCAAUCUGAACCAGCAGAAAUAAUUGAAGCAUUUAUUGUAAAACAUCUAUUUGAUGUACCAAAUGCACCAAGAGAACUUAAAGUUCUUGGUGCAACAAAAUCAACAGUCGUUCAAGUGAAUCUGUUACAAUUAAAUAUCCAUCCAUAUGAUGUUCCAACAAAACCAGAACCUAUUGAUAUAAAUGAAUUAACUGAUACAUCAUGCAUACUUUCAAGAAAAUCAUCUAUUCGUGAUAAUGAUAGUUCAAUUAUUGAAUAUAGAGUUGAACAAUGUUUUAAAUAUAAUCCAUUAUUUACACGUAUGGAAAUCAUAGCACUUAUAACUGAAUGUUUUCAUAAAAUAGAAAAUUUAUUAACAAAUGGUGAAUGA